AAUUCGAUGGGGAACACGCUUAUAAAAAAAGAAACUUUUGGUACUUUUGAUAGCUUCUGACAAGUUUCAACUUAACAUCGUCAUCCUCCUUCCUUUUAACCUCAAAACUCAGUCAAAAGAGAAACUGACCUUCUCUCCAAAAGAUUCUUUAACAUACCCAAAAAAGAUCCAGUCUUUGAUGGCUGAAUAUCUCUCCUCCGUUAGAGAAGCUCCCCAAAUAAUCUCAAAAAUCCACAACCGAAAAUAAAAAUCUCCAGGAAUUUCGACAUCUAUCCCUCUAAGAUUUUCCCUCAAAUCCCAGGAAAUUUGUUUUCCCUCUGGGAAAGGGAUUAAACAGAUUCCAUGGCUGGAAAUGGGAAAUUCCGGAUAUGGAAAAUGUCGAUAUACAAGUCAUCUUCUUCUUCUUCUGCUUCUUCACCCAGAACCCCUCCGAAACCCGACCCGCCAAACGAAUUCCUCUGCCCGAUUUCUGGCUCUUUAAUGGCUGAUCCCGUUGUUGUUUCCUCCGGUCAAACGUUCGAACGGGCUUCCGUUCAAGUCUGUAAAGUUUUAGGGUUUUGCCCGACUCUUUCCGACGGGUCGGUUCCUGAUUUUUCAGCUAUUAUCCCCAAUUUAGCGCUCAAGAGUUCGAUUAUCAAUUGGUGCCGGAAUUCCCACAUGGAAUUACCUUCUGUACCGGAUUCUAGUUCGAUUGAAUCGAAAGUUAGGAACUUGACUGCCCAGCAACAUCAAGGAGGAGACCCGGGAAUCCGGUUCUCCGAGAUGGAGUUGUUGAAGGGCGUUGAAGAUAAUCCUCGAGUGAAUUUUUCGCACGCCGAAACUGAGCUGAACGCCCGGAUUAAUUACUCCUCCAGCUCAGAAGAAUCCGUGAUUGCGAACGGGAUUUCGACGCCCCAGAUGCUCCCUUUCACUCAGAAACCGGCGUGUUAUUCUUCAUCGUCUUCCUCUGCUUCUACCUCCUUCGAAAUGGGUUCUAAUCCCUCCUCAUCAUCAACCGGGGAGGACGAAGUGUUUUUGAUGAAAUUCAAGAGCUUGGAUGUCGUUGAACAGGAACAAGGAGUGGUUUUACUGAGGAAAACCACGCGAAAUGAUGAAGAAGCAAGAGUAACACUCUGUACUCCUAGGCUUCUGCAGGGGAUAAAGCCAUUGCUUAUUUCUAGGUACCCAGUCGUGCAAACGAAUUCUGCGGCCGCCAUUGUUAAUCUUUCGCUUGCUAAGGUGAAUAAAAUUAAGAUUGUCCGUUCUGGGGUUGUCCCCCUUUUGAUUGAUUUAUUAAAAGGCGGAUUUGAGGAAUCGAAAGAACACGCCGCCGGCGCGAUUUUCAGUUUAGCUUUAGAGGAUGAUAACAAAACGGCAAUUGGGGUGUUAGGAGCUUUGCAGCCAUUGUUACAUGCUUUGAGAUCCGGCACCGAGUCAACUCGCCGUGAUUCGGCUCUGGCCUUGUACCAUUUGACACUGGUUAACAGUAACAGAGUGAGAUUGAUUAAGCUCGAAGCUGUUGGCGUUUUGUUAGGGAUGUUGAGGACCGGGGUUCUGGUCGAUAGGGUGGUUUUGGUGGUUUGUAAUCUGGCUGUAUCAUCGGAAGGGCGGUCGGCGUUGUUGGACGGCGACGCUGUGGAAUGCUUGGUGGCGAUUCUGAGGGGCGGAGGCGAUUUUACGCCGUCCGAGUCAACUCGGGAGAACUGCGUAGCUGCUCUGUUUUUACUGAGUCACGGGAGUAUGAGGUUUAAGGGGCUGGCCAGAGAAGCCCGGGCGGCGGAGGUGUUGCAGAUCGUGGUGGAGCGGGGAAGCGAGCGGGCGAAGGAGAAGGCCCGGAGGAUAUUGGUGGCGCUGAGGGGGCGGGAUGAGGAGGAGGACGGCGGAGAAAUCGACUGGGAAGGGGUGAUGCGCGGCGGACUCAGCCGGACUCGGUGCCGAGUCCCGGCGACUCAUUCAAAGGGUCUUAACUCGACCGAGUUUUGAACUGAUUGUGCAAUUAUUGCGUGCUUUUUUGCGCCGUUUUGUCCCUUUCUGCUUUUAAUCGAUUUUAAUAUGUACCAAACCGAGAACCCUCCCUUUUGAUUUUUCGUUUUUUCGGUAAAGCUUUUCUUACAUUAGAAGUAGGGGGUUUUUUUUUCCUAUUUAAUUUUUAAAGAGAGAGAGAGAGAGAGAGAAGAAGAAGAAGAAGAACUGAAGAAGUUGUAAUUAAUUUUAUUUUUGUGUACAUUUGUAGCUUAGGCUGUAAAAAUUGAAGUCAAAAUUGAGAUUGGGAAAAUUUGUUACUACUUGUAAAGUUUGUAAAUAGGAAUUUGAAUUUUCAGAGUAAUUUUUGUUUAAUAUUGGUAGGUGAUUGACUUUGAUCAAGCAUCCGCGUUACCGUGUUGGUGUUAAUCUAAAUUGAAAUUUAUUAAUUGCUCAAACUCG